GAUUACGCAUGUUGGCCUCAUGGGUUAGCGUUCUUAUACUCGGUAUCCUUUAUGAACUACUUUAAGAACAAAGGCGAGAAAUUGAUGAGAAAAUUGCUUCUUUUUUUGCAAUCUGAACUCUUGUGUCGGCUCAAACUAAUCGAAAGAUGAAGACAGUACAUAGAUUCCUGUUGAUUGGGUUCAUAGCAUUCCUCGCCUUCAACUAUGUCGACGCAGGUUAUGAGGUCAAUAUAACUUCCAAUAGUGCUCUAGAUGCUACAAGCGUGGAACCAUUGAAGCAGAAUGGUACCUUCAAUGCGAAUCUUGGCCUGAUAAAUAAUGGUAAUCAAAAGACGUUUGGUCUGAAAAAGAGUAAUUCAAGUAAUCACGUAGUGCUAGAGGAAGCUGAGGAUGAUGCAGGACUUGAUGUUAGAAGUUCUGAGAGUACGGUCAACAAUAACGCUGGCUUAAAAAAUGUUGGAGACCAUGCUUCUGAGAAGCAGGAUGAUGAGAAAGCAAAGGCUGUUGGCAUGCUGGGUUUAGAGUCUGGACAUGAGGUGACAUCGUCAACUGGGGGGAAAGAGAGCAUUCGAGGUGAACAUUGUGAUUCUUCACCCUACAGUUGCAAUAUUGUGGACGAAUCAUUACUUGCUUGUUUAAGGGUUCCAGGAAAUGAAUCCCCAGACCUUUCACUACUGGUCCAGAACACAGGAAAACACCAUAUAAGUGUUAGUAUAUCUGCUUCUAAGUAUGUUGAACUGGAGAUGAGACAGAUUGAUCUCAAAGAGAUGGAAAACACGAAGAUAAAGGUUUCCUUCAAGAACAGUGGGAGCGACAACUUCAUCAUUGUAGAGGCAGGAGAUGGCAAAUGUAAGCUUGACUUCAGCAAUCUGAUUGAACAUAGCAUUGACAACGAAGCUGACCACGUCUCCCACUUCAAGUACCCAUCACUCUCUUCCUCUGCAACAAUAAUUUUCUUGGUGGCAUUGCUGUUGUGUGCAUCUGUUUGGCCAUGCAUCAACUAUUAUAAGAAGCACGUUUCCAAGAUGGGAAGUGGUAAGUACCGAAAACUAGAUAUGGAGUUGCCAGUUUCGGGUGGAGGGAAACUUGAGGUGGCUGUAAGUGAUGGAUGGGGCAAGAGUUGGAACGACAACUGGGACGAUGAAGAAGCACCAAAAACUCCUGCUGUGCCCGUCACUCCAAGCCGCCCAUCCAAAGUGGUGGUAGCUUCUAGACGGUCUAACAAGGACAGUUGGAAAGAUUAAAUCUUGACAGUAAUGUAGACAUGUUUUGUUAGUUUUCUUUCCAAAUAUUUUCUAUACUUCUUAGGGGUUGUUGGGUAAUUUGAACGGUAUGGGAAUGGCAAUGAAUGCGUUAGUAGAGGUCAGAGGGGAAUGAGAAUAGAAGUACUUUGAUCCCAAAUGUGUGUGUGUGGGGGUCACUAUUCACCUUUCAUUCCUUCCUUCCAAACAUCACUUUGAUUCCCAUUCCCAUCCAUUGAUCCACGUCCUCUCCAACCCUCCAACCAAGGGCAGUAAUUAGGUCACCCCUAAUGAUAGCAGGCUUAGCAGCCAAUGGGCCAAUUUUAUUACAGGCUGGUUGAUUAGUUAUUAAAAUGAAAAUGAAAGCGUUCACGACUUCACGUUAGAUUGGUUAGAACAAUAUUCUGAAUCUUAGGCUCUUAGCUAGCUGUCUCAAUGGAGAUGAAUCAAAUGAUGUCCAUAUUUUCUUGUUUUUCUUUAUUGUGCAACAAUAUGAGUAAUGAUCCACAAUA